CGAACGGCGACGGCCCGCCUUGCCUACCAUCACAUGCUUUCUGUCUCGCUGUGCACGUGCGCCCACGCCCAGCUCCAACCAAAGGCCGUUGUGUGAUGUUGAUGCGCUCUGUGACCUGACUCCAUGCCUCUCCCCAUGCCGGGCUCUCCAGCUGCCUCGUGGGCCGUCUACCACGCGCGACUGAAAGCUGUCUUCGCCGGCGCUGAUCCCAGGGUGUGCGCAGCAUUCUGGCUGUUCGGCCUCAUCAACAACGUCCUCUACGUUAUCAUCCUGUCUGCCGCCCUUGACCUCGUCGGCGCCAAUGUCCCCAAAGGCGUGGUCCUCCUCUGCGACGUGAUACCAUCUUUCCUGACGAAGCUCUGCGCGCCAUACUUCAUACACAAAAUACCCUACAACGUGCGAAUAUGGAUCUUCGUCGCCGUGUCAGCAAGUGGCAUGCUCAUCAUCGCCCUCACCCCGGCGCUGCAGGAUUCGAGAUCGAUUGCAAUCAAGAUGUGUGGUGUGAUGCUCGCAAGCCUGAGCAGUGGAGGUGGUGAGCUCAGCUUCCUGGGGCUGACACACUACUACGGCCAUUUUGCUCUUGCAGCUUGGGGCUCUGGCACAGGCGGUGCAGGUCUGAUUGGAGCGGGAGCUUACGCCCUAGCAACCAACACACUGCACAUCCCCCCUCGCACGAGCUUGCUGUUCUUCUCGUUUCUGCCUCUGAUCAUGCUAGCAAGCUUCUACUUCGUACUUCCCCUGGGUCCGCUGAAAGCUGGAUCAAGCAAAACCCACGACUAUGAGGUUAUAGACAGUGAUGAUCAACAAGACCAAGAGGACAUUUCAGAGAGCGAAAGGGAGCAUGACGGACUGUUGUCCUCAUCAAUGCACUCAGCGUCUGGGCGGAGCUUCCCGUCUGCCAAAGACGACAGCGCUGUCGUCGCGCUUAGGGGUUUCAAGGCUAACUUGCAACGGGCUCGCGGGCUGUUCUUCCCAUACAUGCUGCCUCUCCUCCUUGUCUACAUCGCCGAGUAUACCAUCAACCAGGGCGUAGCACCCACAUUACUAUUCCCACUCGAGAACUCUCCUUUUGACGAGUACCGCUCCUUCUACAGCACCUAUGCCGUUAUCUACCAAGUUGGAGUCUUCAUAUCACGAUCAUCGACACCUUUCAUACGCGUCCACCACCUAUACCUGCCGUCGUUCCUACAGGUCGCCAACCUCACUCUUCUCACUCUGCACGCCAUGUUCGACUUCAUCCCCACCUACUACAUUGUUUGCGUCGUCAUCUUCUGGGAAGGCCUGCUCGGAGGGUUGGUGUAUGUGAGCACGUUUGCAGAGAUCACAGAUAAUGUAAGGAAAGAGAACAGGGAGUUCAGUCUGGGGGCGACAAGCGUGAGCGAUUCGGGUGGUAUCUGUAUCGCAGGGUUCUUAAGUAUGGCCGUUGAGGUUGGAUUGUGCAAGUGGCAGGUUGAUCGUGGACGAAACUAUUGCAAACUCACAUAGUGGAGAGAUGUUUUGAGAAGCAAACCAGUACGAAGGUCUCUGGUGAUCAUAGCCGUCGUGAUCAUGGACGAAGCUAUUGCAGACUCACUUAGUGGAGAGAUGUUUUGAGAAGCAACAUUCUAGCUGAUUUUACCGCAGCACCAGUACAAAGAUCUCUGGUGACCAUUACCGUCGAUGCCAUGCAAUUUCAGCACGAAACAUUCCGAAACC